GAGAGAAAGUUGGGGAGAGAGAGAGAUGGUCUGGUCCCCGUGACGAGCACCGGUGGCCUCUCCCGGAGCCUAUCGUUUCCGGGGGCCCUCCUCCACCUCCUCCUCCUCCUCCUCCUCCGUCCUCGCGGCCGCUCGCUUCCCCACCGCUACUUCCCUCCCGGUAUAAACCCUAUCCCUCUCCGCCUCCGGCCCAUCGCUUUGUCGCGACGCGCGCGCAUCGAUCCCACCGCCGGCGAGGGCGAGCAGUAGCGGCGGCGGCGGCGGCGGCGGGGGCGGAGGCUGAUGGCGACGGCGGUUGGGUCGCAGCCGCGCGCGGCCAUGUGCGGUGCCAGCACAUCGAAGAUUUACACUCUGGAGAAAGUAUAUGGAUUCAGAUUAGUAUGCAGAAGUGUGGUUGAUCUGAGGAGUCAAAAAUUUCAUACACGUGUUUAUAAGAGAAAGAGCUAUUUCAGGAGUUCAGCAUCAGAAUGUGAGAAGAUCAUUCACAGUGCUAGAUGGCUAGAAUUUAGGAGACAGAGGGUAGCAUUUCAGAGAACUAGAAGGACAAUCCAUCUUAUUCCUUUGGCUUCUCAAGAUGAUAGCAGUGGUUUAUCUGUUAACGGAUCCCCACAAGUUGAUUCGGCAAGCGAGAUGGAUGAUAUAAGGGUGAAAUUGGUUAAAGCACUACAAAGCGAGGAUAUAAGCACUGGCCUUGUCCAAUCAAUACAUGAUGCUGCAAGAUCUAUUGAAUUGGCUUUCUUAGAUCACAGCAAAUCAUCAAAAAACUCUUGGUUUCCAAAGGAAUGGCUUGGUGUGGAUAACAAUGAAUGGAUAAAACCACUCUCUUACCAGGCUGCUGUCGGUUCAUUGUUGCAAGCAGUUAUUGAUGUUUCAUCUAGGGGAAAUGGCAGAGAUAGAGAUAUCAAUGUAUUUGUUCAGAGGAGUUUAUCCCGCCUACUUAGUUCUCUAGAGGGUGCUAUCCAAAAUGAGCUGUCGAAAAGGGAACCUACAUUGUACCAGUGGUACUCAUCUGAUCAAAAUCCUUUGGUUGUGAGAACAUUUGUUAACUCUUUUGAAAACGAUCCACGGUUUAACUCUGCAACAGCAAUAUGCCAUGAACGCCAGCAAAUGAAUACUAGUGAAAGUGACCUUUCUCUACUUAUGCUAGGUUUGACAUGUCUUGCUGCUAUCACAAAGCUUGGAUCAACAAAAGUUUCUUGUCAGCAGUUCUUUUCCAUGGUCCCUGAUAUCAUUGGUCGAUUCAUGGAUAUGCUUCUUGAAUUUGUCCCUCUAAGUAAAGCAUAUACCUUGACAAAAGAUAUUGGUCUUCAGAGAGAAUUCCUUUGCAAUUUUGGUCCUCGUGCUGCUGACCCUAAGUUUUCCAGUGAUCGUGAAGUUGAGAUAUCGUUUUGGAUUGAUCUGGUUCAGAAACAGUUGCUACGGGCUCUUGAUCGUGAAAAGAUAUGGUCAAGAUUGACAACAAGUGAAAGUAUUGAGGUUUUGGAAAAGGAUUUAGCAAUUUUUGGGUUUUUCAUUGCUUUAGGCAGAAGUACGCAAACAUAUUUGUCUUCCAAUCAUCUUACCAAUCUGGAUGAUUCAAUCAAUGAUAUUGUAAGGUAUCUUAUUGGUGGGAGUGUGUUAUAUUAUCCACAGUUGUCUUCGAUUAGUUCUUAUCAGCUGUAUGUGGAGGUAGUUUGCGAAGAGCUCGAGUGGCUUCCAUUUUACAGUGGUGAUGUGCCAGCUGCAACAAUUGAAGGUAGAGAGGAUGUGCAUAAAGGAGAAAUAAUAUCAAGAGUGCUAAAUGUGUGCUCUUAUUGGAUGACUAGUUUUAUAAAGUACAGCUCAUGGCUUGAGAACCCUUCAAAUGUAAAGGCAGCCAGAUUUCUGUCCAAGGGGCAUUCCAUGUUGAGUGAUUGCAUGAAGGAACUGGACUUAACAAAGUAUGAUAUGCCAAAAGACCAAACCUUUCCAGAAGCCAAAGAACACUUGGUUGCUAGGACAGAGCUAGCCUCUUUUGACAAGUCACUUGAAAGUGUUGAGGAAGCUUUGGUUAAGUUAGAAGAUUUGCUCCAAGAAUUGCAUCUCUCCAGUUCCAACUCUGGUAAGGAGGAUCUAAGGGCUGCAUGUUCUGAUCUUGAAAUGAUUAGAAGGCUGAAGAAAGAGGCUGAGUUUCUUGAGGCUUCCUUUCGAGCAAAAACAGAAUUUCUUGAGGCUGAUGCUAGUAGCAGACCAUUAUCUCCUGCUGUCGAGGAAGGCCGUGGAAAGACAGCUAGCAAUGCUAAUGAGAGCUCAACACCACAAAAACCAGCAAACAGAGUGGAGAACAAACGUCGUCCAAUUUGGGACCUCUUUGGUAGGCCUUCUGGAAGGAGAGUUCAGCUUGUCCAACAAACUUCAGAUCAAAAUGUUUCUGUCGCUAAUGUGGAUAACAAAGACACACAAUCAAAUGAUAUCCUCCGGUUUGAACAGUUAAGACGUGAGCUGAUUGAGUUAGAGAAAAGAGUUCAAAAGAGCGCAGAUAAUGCUCAAAAGGAGGAGACAUAUGUCGCAAAUGAAACAUUGGAUUCUUCCGUGUCAUCAUCUCCUGUAUCAAUGCCUUCUGGUCCAGCUAGCAAGAAAGAAAAUGUUAUUACCAAAUCAGUAGAGAAGGUUAAGGAAACCACGACGACUGUUGUGCAAGGGACACAGCUCUUAGCAAUUGACACAGGAGCUGCUAUGGGUUUGUUAAGAAGAGCUCUUAUUGGGGAUGAACUAACUCAUAAGGAAAAGCAGGCUCUUCAAAGAACCCUGACAGAUUUAGCCUCUGUUGUUCCUAUAGGAAUACUCAUGCUUCUGCCAGUAACUGCUGUUGGGCAUGCUGCUAUUUUGGCUUUCAUCCAGAGAUAUGUGCCUUCCAUGAUCCCAUCCACCUAUGCUCCAGAGAGGUUAGAUCUCCUCAGGCAACUUGAAAAAGUGAAGGAAAUGGGAGUUGCUGAAGGUAGUAGUGAAGAAAUGGUAGAGGCUGUAAGUUCGAGAGGUGACCAAGUGAAAUAGGCAAACCAUGUACAGACGGAAACAAGUAUACUUCUUGUUUUGGAACAAGACAGAAGAUGGUUUCAUUUCGUUUAUAGAAGAUUCUUUCAGUGACAUGCUGAUAGAAGUGAACAUAAAGGAAAAAACUGGAGUUUUACCAAACAUUGCAACUGUGUUCGUUGAAGGAAGAUCCUUCAGAAGUUGCACUUUGGAAGAUUGUUUUCAUACUUCAUAGUGUACAAGGGCGCCGUGUGCCCAUUCAACAUAGAAGAAGGUUAUCCAAAGUUCCUCUUGGAUAAUGUCUGUAGGGUAGAUAUUUGGCUGAUGAUUUGUAUAUCUAGCUGAGAUUGGUGUAUCAACUCUCCAAAUGUAAAGAGACAGGCCUGAGUGGUGGCUUAUCGGUCCGUGAUCCUAGGUCAUGCAGUGAUGCACGACUCUGCUGUCAGCUUAUGGGCAAUUCAGCAGCAAAAGAUUGAUGCUGGUGGCGCACUGCUACAUCCAAUAGCACGUAAAGACUUUUGUGCUCUUGUAGUCUA